CUGACUAUUCACAGUUACAGAGCUUUCUAUUCUGCCCUAGCGACGGAGCGGGAGAAACCAGAUAGAAAGCUGAAUCUCUCAGCUCCUCGCUUCUCCUGCUUCUUCUACUAUUCCUUCCAAAGAUUCUGCUGAAGUUAUGGACUUUGAUGAGUACGAGUAUCUAGAGAAAACUGUUGAGAAUCCUCAAAUCGAGAAAGAGAUUCCUAAUGGCGGUGAUAAUGUAGCAAAAUCCGAGGAGAAAGAGAAAGAGCGGAGUAGGAGGUCGAGGCAGAGAAGCAAUGAGAAGAGGGACGAUGAUGAUGACGAUGGUCGACAUUCUAAGAGGACGAAAUCGGGAGAUGAAACACGAUCACGCCACCGCUCACGGUCUAAGGAUGUGGAGAGGCGCCAUCGGUCGAGAUCUAGAGAGAGAGAAAGGGAUAAGCACAGAAGUAGCCGGGAGCAUAGGGAUAAAAAUCGUGACAGGGGUCGAGACAGGGAAGAUAGAAAUGGGAAGGAUAGGGAAAAGGAUAAAGAUAAGGAUCAGGACAGGAAAGAGCGUGACCCUGAUAGAGAGAUGGAGAGAGAUCGAUCACGGAGAAGCAGAAGUCGAUCAGAAAGGCAUCGAAGUCGUGAAAGAGAACACCGGGAAAGAGACUCCAAGGACCGUGAUAGAGAAAGCAGACGGCCUAAAGAUAAAAAGGAGGAUAAGGUUGAGCCUGAGGCAGAUCCUGAACGGGACCAGAGAACAGUUUUUGCCUAUCAGCUUGCUUUGAAGGCAACUGAGAGAGAUGUGUAUGAGUUCUUCUCCAGAGCUGGAAAGGUACGAGAUGUACGCAUCAUUAUGGAUCGCAUUUCUAGGCGUUCGAGAGGAAUCGGAUAUGUGGAGUUUUAUGAUGCAAUGUCAGUCCCUAUGGCAAUCGCACUAUCUGGGCAGCCUCUACUUGGUCAUCCUGUGAUGGUAAAACCGUCAGAGGCAGAAAAGAAUCUUGUUCAGUCAACAACAGCUGCAGCUGGAGCAGGAGGGCAAAUGGGUCCCUAUUCUGGUGGAGCCAGACGGCUUUAUGUUGGUAACCUGCACGUUAACAUGACAGAAGAAGAUCUCCGGAAGGUUUUUGAGCCAUUUGGAACUGUGGAGUUGGUGCAGAUACCCCAUGAUGAAACUGGUCAUUGCAAAGGAUUUGGUUUUGUCCAGUUUGCCCGUUUAGAGGACGCAAGGAAUGCAUUGAAUCUGAAUGGCCAGUUAGAGAUUGCAGGUCGUGCUAUCAAGGUGUCAGCCGUGACAGAUCAAAAUGGAGCCCAGGACGUUGAACCAACACAAACCACUGGCGAUUUGGAUGAUGAUGAUGGAGGCGGCCUGUCCCUGAACGCACAAUCCCGAGCGCUUCUCAUGCAGAAACUGGAUCGUAGUGGAACUACAUCAAGCACUGGCCUCACUACAGCGGCAACGAUUCCCGGUGCAGCAUCAGUAAUCUCUCCGUUGGUCGCUCCUCUAGGACUACCCGGAGCGGGCAUUCUUCCCGGUGUAAAUAUUCCGACAUUGCCUGACCCCGUCGGUGUUCCUACCGAGUGUCUGCUACUGAAGAACAUGUUUGAUCCAAAGACCGAGACCGAGCCUGAUUUCGACCUCGAUAUCAAGGAAGAUGUUCAAGAAGAGUGCUCCAAGUUUGGGAAGCUGAACCACAUUUUUGUUGACAAGAACAGCUCGGGUUUCGUGUACUUGCGAUUCGAGACUGUCCAGGCAGCAAUGAACGGGCAACGUGCUCUACAUGGAAGGUGGUUUGCAGGAAACAUGAUCACUGCAACUUAUAUGACUCCACAGAUGUACGAGGAGAAGUUCCCUGAGAGCAAGUAAAAUGAUAUUUGGGACUGAGACAGUCGAGAUGAGAAAGGUGAGUUUGGUCUGAAGCAGAAUUUGAUGGAAUGAUUACAGAAUUGUGUAAUGUGAAAUUUACAGUAUUUAGAUUUUUAACAUCUACAGAAAAUAUCCAUUUGAAAGUUUGUUUUUAGUGUAUGAAAUUAGAUUUAAGCAGAUACUGUUUUUUUUUUGGGAUUU